AUGGCGUUGCCCCUCCUCAGGGUGCAGAUUGAUCCGAUCAUGGGCGACGAGAUCGGCAGAAUGAGGCCCCCGAUGAGUGUUGAGAGUGGUAUCGACAUGUUUGAGGCACCAGGAAGUGGCUGCAUCACUGACAACAGAUGCAGGGAAUACAACCCCUGGAGCUAUGAUCUGCUGGGCAGAAACUCCAAUCACAAAACAACACUGGACGACGAGGAGUGCCAGGAUCUCAACAACUCAAUGGUGAACGAUCUCGUCGCAAAAAUUCUGGACGACGAGCCGAUAAGAAACGUCGAGGCGUACACAAAUCACUACAACGGAAAUCCAACGUAUCAAUACGACCUACAAUCACGACUAAAACCUCGAAACUGCCCAGACAAUUAUGACACGACAGUUCCCCUUCAGUACCCCUACCCAAGGCUACCAGGUACCCAAAACCUGGAGGAGCCCCGAGACUACCUCUGCGGCGUGAACCUGAAGGGUCUAACCCUGAACGACUGCAUCUCACGAAACGAAAAAUCAAACGACUACAUGAACGGCAUGAUCCACAGUCAGCGAGUGGAGCACCAGAGGCCAAUGAACUCCACCGACAUGAACACCCCCCGAAAUUAUGCUGCCCUUGGCAAUGGACUACUGACAACAACAAACGGCUUCAAUUACCAGCCACCCAACUGGACGGAGAACCUCCUGUCCCCAGACUACCCAAAAGACGUUUUUGGAAAUUACCAGCACUCCCCAGCAUGUUCAAAUCCCGACAUGAACUUCAACACAAUUGGCAUCAGUGACAUGGAGAUUCCCAAUUCGAUGGUGAACCCGAGUAAUCACCACUCAACCCCAGUAAUCAACAUCCACGACUCGUACAACACAUCGACAAACGCCCCCACCUACAGUCCAGUAUCAGCAAUGACAGACAUGAGUGGAGACUCUGGAUUCCUCUCCAACUCCCCCCUGCAACGAUUCUCCCCAGCAGACAGUGUUCUCCACAAUUGCUACAAAAACUACCAACGCAACAACUUCGAGGAGAUGCAGGAGGGCCUGACCAACAUGAUGCACAACGAGCACAGAUACCUCCAGCAGCCCCAGAAGCCCCAGCACCAGAGCUACAAGAUGGAGAAGCCCAUCGAGACGAACUACAGAGCAAUGCAGCCAGGAAGAUAUCCACCAGGGAGUGAGUAUCCUGAGGUCAGAAAUACCGAGUACAGACCAAUGACUCCGAAGAUCGACGAGACUCUCCUGAAGAUGUUGAGUCCCCAGCUGAAGCAGAAGGAACAGAGCAACAACUAUCAGAUGCGUUUUGCCCGCAGUGUAAACUCCCAGAGCAUGGACCAAUCUCCAAAGUACAAUUAUCCUGUUGACAAUGGGUAUCACCACCGUUUCACUGCCAGUACUGAGAGCCUCAAGCCCCUGCAGAGUCCAGUGUAUCAGAAUGGGGUGAAACGUCCUGGGAAUCCAAGCUGUGGCUACCAGAUGGAUCCAUUUGAGUUGGCUGGGGACAUUGGAUACACCUCCAAUGCCCAUUUGGCACUGGCAAGGGCUUCCAUGGAUCCCAGUGUUCUCAAUCACCUGAUGAUGAAGCAGCGUCAGCAGCUCCAGAUGUCAGUGCCCGAUGUGCUUUUGAAUCCAAGACUCAUGAGGGGAGGAGCACCUGCUGGACCUGGAGUCUUUCCAUCUCUGAUGCCUGUCAUCUCAGCUGUUCCUUCCUUGCACUCGAUGUCUGUUCUGUCUGGGGGGAUGGGCCUCAGGGGCAACGUGAGGUCCACGAGGCGAGCUGGACCCUCGUCACUCCUCCACAUGAGGCUUGAGCAGACCUUCGAGCAGUUCAAGCAGCUGGAGAAGGAGAGGAAGAAGUGCGAGGCCGGCCUGGCUGCUCAUUUCCCAGGGAAGAGAGUCACCAGUGCUAAUAAUAUCCCUGUACCAAGGCUUCAGGGCAAUCCUUCACGUGCUGACAGGCUCAUUAUCGAUCAUCUGAGGGAGCAUGCUCGUGUCAUCACUCUGAUCGCCAAGAUGGAGCAUUUGAGGGGGGCUAGUAUGAAUGAGAGGGUACACAAGGCUAUGGAGUACUGGCUGGAGUCAAUUAAAUUUGUGCAGGAGUGCAGGAAGAAGGAGAUUGCACAUGCUAAUAAGAGGCAGAAGGAUAAUCCACACUGCAGUCCCAUUCAGGAUGAUAAAGAUAUUCUGGCUCUGGCCAACAGCAUUCGUGAGCUCACAAAGGCCUCGAGACUAGCGAGAACUGGAAUGUUCAAUGCAAUGCAGGCUACACUUCUUCACAACAAGGACAUCGAAAAAACUAUUGUUGAAACAUCGAAGGAUGCGAUAAUACCAGUUACACAAGGUGAGACGCAGCCAAUUGUUGGUGAUGCAGACAGCUUCACCCCUAGUACCUAGCAAUGUUGCUCGAAGCACACCGAGGUCAGCUCAAUUUUACUUCACAAAAUAAACUCCGAGUUACAGCUAUCCGUUCUUGAUUGCGUUCGCUAACUGGAAAACUCUUCGUUCCGCUGACAGUUUUUUUAUGAUUGGGGGAAAACUCUGUUUUUUUCCGGAAUCUUGGUGCUAACGCGUCGAAGCUUUUUCUCGUGAGAAUGCCCUGAUACCUUGUCGAGAACAAUCCACUGGAGGAUUUUGAAAAUCAUUGAAGCUGUCAAUUCCACGUCGCGAAUUUUUUACCCAAAAUAACGAACUCUAAAAUUUACAUACGAAGAAAUCGAAGUGAGGCAUUUUACUACUAAUUUAUUUGGAACUUGUGAGAGUAUGUGCGGGAUUUUAUCGAUGUUUUUUCCACUUCUAUGUUUCAUUAGUCUUUUUUGAUUGGAGAUGAUGCCCUUCGACCUCUUUAAACUCAUUUUUAAAGACUUCAAAGUGUCGAGAAGGUGCGUAGUCUGAAAAUUUUCGUAAAAAAAUCUUUAAUAGUUCAAACUCGCUUAGACACAUGUACGAAAAAUUGAAUAGAGUAUCCUAGGGCUUUCGCUAGAAAAUUCUAUUGAAUUUCUAUUGGAAUUCCAUUUGUAGAAUUCUUUUUGUUUUUGCGCCAAUUCUCUUGAAAAUCAUGUAACUUUCACGUACGCUUUGCGAUAGACAUUUGUUCAUUCUA